GCCCCUCGUUGCUACAUUAGGCACCGCCGCACUCCACUCAGCCAACCAACGACCAGCGACCCAAAAAAGCAAGGGCAUCUUAGUCUGGCAGCGUGUAACUUGUCACUGUGUCCCGUCCGCCGUCCCUCUCAAGGUACCUCUCUCGGCCACGCCUACCCGACCCCCGAUCCCCGACCAGGUCCAGCGGGCAAGCGACGCAACAUACGACCUCAACUUCACCUUCGACCGGACACUUGCCUCGCGACUCGACAUUCGACACCUCUUUCCGUCUUCUUGUUGCUGCGACUUCACUUGCCGUUGCCCUUCCUUUGCAUUUCUUUCUCGAUACCCCCUUUCCACCGCCCUCCCAACCACUUCACACGCCAUGGCCGCCAGACCUGCCCUCUUCACCCGUGGCCUGUCGGGGCUUUCCCAGAGCACAACCGACCCCAACUCGCCCAGUGUCAGCUCCCCGGCCGACCAGCGUGACGAUGCGAAGCGCAACUUCCUCAAGGCCAUGCGCCCUCUGCCGACACAACAUUACUGGAAUGUCUACUUUGACAAACAAGCAAAGGACCAGCAAAAGUCGGGCAACGAUGACGAGUACAAGGUGCAGCUGGAACAGCUUGGUUCGCAGAUAGAAUCCGUCCAGGACUUUUGGAAGUACAACAACAACACACCCGUCGAUCAGAUCAAGAUGCGCGAGUCCAUAUACCUCUUCAAGCAGGGCUUCAAGCCCAUUUGGGAGGACCGCCGCAACAUCAACGGCGGCGCCUGGACCUUCCGCGUGCCCAAGAACAUUGGCCCCGAUGUGUGGACUCGCGUUCAGCUUCUUGCCAUUGGCGAGAAGCUGCAGAGCGUACUAGACGACAACGACCAGAUUUGCGGCGUUGGUCUGUCCGUCCGCUUCAACUCCCACCUCAUCUCCAUCUGGCACCGCGACGGCUCCAAGCAAAAAUCCGUCGAUGCUAUCCUGGAAUGCGUACUCGAAGAGCUCCCCGCCGAGCUGCGCCCCAAGGCCGAUAACUACUUCUACAAGCGUCACCAGGACCAUGCCGGCUUCAAGGCGCCCCCCGAGCUUCAAGUCGUUAUCGACUCACAAAAGGCGGCCGCUGACAAGGCCAAGGCUGCGGCCGGAGGUGCGCCGGCUUAGAAGGCCGGCCGCGUCCACCCGCAGUCUGCCCCCUUUUAGGGCCUUGCUGGGGUUUGAGAAAGUCUUUGCUGCGGUUCCGAAGCCAAACAGCGUGGCCUCUGCAUGAAUCCCUCUUCCGAGCCCUUUCUCUUCUCUGCACAAAAGGCAACCCCCAUUCAGUGACGGACGCAGCUGUGAGGAGGAACCUCACUUUGUCUUAAUCUCACCAAACAUACGGGAAUGGGAAUUUAUAUGUGUUUUGUUUUGUUGGGCAAGUCAGGUUAAGUCCGUACUCAAUCUCAAGCCACGGGAACUGGCAAUGCACCAACAUACAAGGAACAAGGCCGGAAUAAGCAUAUGUCAUGGGCGUUUUCUUGUUGUCCUCUUCUUUUAUUAGCAUGGAAAUACAAACUCUCGGGGGCGAUGAAGAUAUCACACCCCACGGGUGCCAUAUGGGCUGCACCGAGAUCAGAUAGAAUCAUCAUUACUACCAGU